GUUCAACGUCACGCCGCAGCAGCAUGCCGGCGCUCGCGUGGAUCCUUCUUGCCUUCACUUCCUUCCUCUUCCAAGCAUGUGCAUCCAGCGACGCGAUUGAGAAAUUGGGGGACGAUAUAUUCACUGCUACGAUCCGCGAAUCUGGCUCCGUGUGGCUCAUUGACUUUUACGCUCCAUGGUGCUCGGCAUGCAUUCAAUUGGAGCCACUCUUGGAAGUGGCAGCAGUGGAAGCCAAGGGCGUCCUGCGCGUGGGCAAGGUGAAUGUGGACGCCAACCCAGUUCUGCAAGCACAGUAUGAGAUCGUACGAUACCCGACUCUCAUGUACGGUCGAUGGAACUCCCGGCUGAACCAAGUCGACCUCCAACUGUACCCUGGAGACCGCACGGUGGACUCGAUUGUCAAAUUUGGAAAGCGUUUGGCUGGCGCAGUCGUCAGCAACGUCACGACUGAAGCCGAGUGGGAUCGAUAUUUGUCCGUGGAUGGCUCGAUGCUCUUCUUGGGCUUGCAGAGCGAUGACACGAAAGGUGAUCGAGUGGCCGUCGAGCUCCAAGCUCAGUACCAGCAUGAAGCGUCGCAGUAUCACAAGCAUCAUAUCUUUGUGACCAGCACGAGUCCAGCCAUUUUGGCCAAAUUUUCCAGACCGGUGCCGUUCAUUGCUCGCGUGGACGUGAACCAAGUGGAACCUUACUAUUAUGACGGAGAGCUCGGCCUUCCGACGUGGGUUGAGAAGAAUCGAUACCCGAGCUACACUUCCUUUGAAGCAUCGAACAUGAAGCAUAUUGGGUGGUUCCGCAUCCUUGUCAUUGGGUGCUACGUCCCUGAUCAACAUGACGCGUUCGAAGCAGCCAUGAAGAAGCUCGCAUCCUACUCGGACUCGCCGCUAAGUCGCGCUGACCGAGACAAGUUCGCAUUUGGAUGGCUGGACAGCGACAAGUACGUCAACUACAUCUCCAAGUUCUUCGUCUACCCAGAGCAAGUGCCGACGCUGUUUGUGUGGAAUCGCCAGGACCAAGUCUUUUACAACUACGACGGCCGGGCCGACGACGUCGACGCGAUGGCAGAGUUCUUUAUCAACAUUUUGACCGGCAAAGAGCGCGCGAUCGCCCAAGGCAACUACUUUCUCAAGAUCUAUCGCUUCAUGGUGCGCGGGUAUCCGUGGUCGCUCCUCUGGCUUUUUCCUAUGGGCUUCAUUGCGUUCUUCCUGAUCGUUGGGUGUGCCGCUGUGUGGACGCAUGACUCGGCUGCAGAGAAACGAGCGCUGACCAAGUCCCAAGAACCUGCCAUACGUGCUGCACAACCUCCCAUCGACGCAAAAAAGAGCGAGUAAUGAAAUCGCUUCUUUGAUCUAAUGGAAGUCGACGCCACUCCACUUGGCAAUUCCAGGCGCUUCAAAAGCAUGGACACGUGUACCUCGACUCCCUUGACUUGUAGCGUCUGAGCGGGACGGCGAAGCAAGCCCUCGACCUUGUUCCAAUAAAUCACUCUUGACAUUGUUUGGAAUAAAAUCUAUCU